AUGAGAAGAAUAUUUUGGUUCAUCAUUUUGACUGGUUGCUGUGUUGGGGCAGCGUCUGUCUUACGAUCAUCUCUCAGCCUCUACGGUUCUGGGUCUGUCGCAUAUUCUGUGGACACCGGCUACAUACACUGGGAUACAGCCUUCCCUGCUGUCACCGUUUGUGAACAGAUUGACGUGAACAGGAUCAAGACAUAUCUGCAAAAAAAUGACUUAUCAUCUUCACUGGCUACGUUCUAUAAAGAAGUAUCCUUCUGGAAUAUAAAGUAUUGUAAAACGUGUCUCUCUUGCGCCUUCAACAGUACAUGUGUUAGAAAUUAUCAAGAGGGUAUUGUUCAGAUCCGACUGAACUGCACCGACAUCUUGACAGACUGUUGGUGGGAUGAAAAGCAUUUUCGCUGCUGUGAUAGAUUUCGUCCAGUACAUACCGAAUAUGGAGUAUGUUUUGUAUUCAAUUCUGCUCUGAACGGGAAUGAAACCGACGUGCUAAAACUUAAUAGGAGAGUCGGUACGCCGCGACUUGUGCUGUCUGCCGUGGAAAUUAUCAACAUAAGAAUUCAUGCGUCUGACGAAACAGUAUCUGUAGCAUUGGACAAUAUUCUGGGACGCUCCAGCAUUCUACCGUUAAUGGCCACAUUGGAGGUUAUCCUGAAGGCAGAGCAAACUGUUAAUGACGUGUCGGUGACGUCAAUUUCGCAAGGCUUUCGUGGUUGUCUGUUCAAAAAUGAACAGCCCACGUUCGUGGAAAAAUGGCCCUUCAACUCAUAUACCUACAGCGCAUGUUUGCUGAACUGCAGAGCGAUGAUACAGUACAGCUUAUGUAAUUGUACAUAUCAUUUUAUGUCUAAGAUUGUUCAAAUGCCAGCCUGCGAUGUCGAAGAUGAAAUUUCAAAAUACACUUGCGAUUGUCCGAUGGGUUGCGAUGAGAUUACGUACAAACCAACGCAUAUAUUUUACAAUCGAUCGAGUAAACAAGGCGAUAGCCCAGUUCGAGCGUCGAAGGUUGUGGUGAGGCUGUCCCAGUUACCUACGAUGAGGGUGCGACGCUUCGCGAUACGGGAUAAUCUAGGUCUUGUUGUGGACAUCGGCGGAGUGGGCGGUGUGUUCUUUGGCGCCUCACUUCUGAGCCUUAUUGAGUUUGUCUACUUGUUUUGUAUUAGACGGAAAUAACUAGCUGUAUUUACAGAUUUUGGUAUGCUUACAGCAUGCACGCCGCAUUGGUUUUCUAGCAAGAUAAGCACUGUAGAUCUCACUAGUAGUAGUUGCGCCUUAGUCUGACAGUACUAGAUUUUUACCCAAUUUUAUUUGGUUAAAGGAUAACGGAACUAAAUCGACUUUAA